AUGGAGAGUGUCGUAGUCUCAGUUUAUAAUUCCUGGCGCGAUGUUGCAUUUGGUGACUUACAAAAAACCUUAGAGUCAGUAGCAUGUGAACUGACCUCCAAUCAUGAGAAAAACGAUAUUUCAAGGACUAAUUUAGUAAAUCAGACUAAAGAGUUCCGAAAAUCUGCCUCCGAGGAUGUACGUAAAUAUUGUUCGACAGUUAUCAAGUGUUAUCAAUCGGAAUUCGAUGCACUUCAGAAGAGGUGUAGAUAUGCUGAGGAAGCUUACCUUUCAAUGUACAAACAGCUUAUUGAUCUCCCAGAUCCCUUAUUCGCACUUGGAGAACUUCAUUCCUUACAAAACGAGCUGAGAAAGCUAUAG